UAUGCCUUAAUUUUCAGAGUAUACCUAAAUUUUCUUGAUAUAUUUUGGAUUAUUUAAUGAUUUAAAUGCAAUGCAUUUAAAUUGCUAUUAUUUACGUUUGUAUGGAUCUAAUUUGCCUUUAUUUAUAAAGUCCUUUAUAUGCGUUUUCCCUUUUUAAAAACCUAAACAGAAAGUGCAAUUAGUCAUCAAGGAUGGCAUUUUGAAAACCUUAGCAAGUUACUGACUUUAAUUUAUUUUCUUAUAAUAAAAUGGCAAAAAACUCACAGGAAAUAAUUUUUGAAGGUUGGUUGACAAAAUCUCCGCCGACAAAACGAAUUUGGAGAGCGAGGUGGCGAAGGAGAUGGUUUUUGUUAACACACACUGGUGAACUACCUGGGCAAUAUAUUUUAACAUAUUAUACUGAUAGAAACUGCAGAAAAUUGAAGGGUGUGAUUAAUCUUGAUCAUUGUGAACAAGUGGACUUAGGAUUGAAGUUGGAUGAAAGAAAUUUAAAGCUUGAUCAUGUCUUUGAUAUUAAAACACCAAAUAGAACUUAUUAUUUAGCUGCUGAUACAGAGGAAGAAAUGAAAUCUUGGGUAACAUGCAUUUGUAAAGUGUGUGGUUUAAAAUCUACUAGUGAAGAAGACGAUGUUGGUGUUUCAAUGAAUAUUCCUUCAGACAUUGAAGUUGUAGAGGAAAAUAUUGAUGAAAAGUUCAGUAAUGCUCAAGAAACUCCACCAAUAUCUCCUGUAAGUACAGGACCAUAUAUUCCAAUAUCAGAAUGUUUUACUGGAAAGUCACCCGUACUUGAUCCAAAGGAUUUUAAAACCUUAUUUGAGUACAAUAGAAAAAACAGCUUGCUGCGUUACCAAACACAGUCACAGGCUAGUGAAAUAUAUGAGUUCCCACAUAGAACAUACAUAAACUAUGUAAAUGAAUUUCAAGACCCUAGAUUUUAUGAUAGCCCUCGGCAACUCAUACCCGCAAAUCUAACUAGAAGUGUCAAUGCAAUAGAAAAGCGAGAUGACAAUCAUUCUCCACUGCAAAGCCCCACUGAUUCGGAUAGUGUCUUUAAUGAUGAGGACUGGAUUCAUACAGCUUAUGAUUCAAAUAGCUUAACAAAGGCUCGUCCAUCUGAUAGUUCAGCUGACUUGGAAAUAUCAGCCACUCAGAAAUUUACUAAGGUUGUUGACAGCAAAAUAUUACCACCACCGAGACCACCCAAGCCUCCUCAUAUCACACCCCCCUGUUAUCUAAAUCUAACACUCACCACAAAACCAAGUAAAGAAAUGGAAAUUGAAGAGAAAUUGCAGAAAGAACAAAAAAUUAUUACAGAUGAUAUGUAUGACUUUCCAAGAUCUCAUAAUAUCGAAAAUGAAUCUCUGAAAACCCGGAGGCACUGCUACAACAAUGCAGCACCUGUACGCUGUAUGGAUGGGACAAUUUUUCGAUAUGAUGUGUCUCCUAAACCAAGUACCAGUACCUCUGUAUUUCGAUAUGAUCUUGAGGCAAUGCAAGCUAUGGAACCUUCAUCACCUGCCCAUUCUCACACUUCUUCCAACCCCGCUUAUUCCAACCUACCAAGUCCUUCAUUUAUUGAGACCCCUUUGAUGCCCCCCCCAGCAAUAAACCGGGAAUUGAAACCAAGACGAAAACUGUCAGAUAGUCAUUCUACCGGCUCAAAUCCAGAGCCACCAUCCCCUAGAAAUGCACCUUCAGUGGACAGAAAACUUAAGCCUCCAACACCUUUACAAGAGGCAAAUAUGAGAAAAUCAUUUCAAAAAUCGGAUGAGGAGGGAACACGCAAAUUAAGAGCAGCACCCAGUCCUGUUCCUCCGACUUUUAAGACUUCUGUGGAAGAUUUGUAUCAAAACCAAACAGAAUCUUACCACUACAUAGCAGGGAAAAUGCAGUAUUUGGACCUAGAUUUGGAGGGUUCGUCUUCUGUGAAUUCAACAAAAACGUUACCACGUGCUCAAGAAAGCGAUACAGUUUACAAAAAAGUUGAUUUUAUGAAAACACAAGCUUUCAAUAUAACCAGAAAUAACUUGGAGAAAGAAAGACAGGAACCUGUGACAACUUUUGUAAAGAAGUAACUUAUUUAUUCUUAUGAUAUGAGAGUGCAACUUUCUUUUGCAUACUAAGAACCGCUUUAAUACAGGGUGUUAUUUAAGUAAGUAGCUAAACUUCAAUAGAUGGUUCUUUGCUUAAUUUUAAUGCGAAAAGCUCAUAUGUAAGAACUUUGAGAUCCCCCUUUCAAAAUUUUAUUUCUUUUUUUUUUUUUUCGAAAAUAUCGAUUAACCCUCGAAUCGACGUGUAGUGCCCUUCUUUAUCACAAUUUUAAAUUAUUAGGGCUAGGCAGCUUUUGUUUUAGGUAUGAAAAAUGACCUCUACCACUGAUAACACAAUUUCUUUACUCGAAGGGGUUUAUAUUGCAUAAGCGGUGCUAUAUAUCUAUUAGAUAAUAUAUAUUUUCGUACAGAGGGGAAUGGACCUUCCCCGCAUGCCCCUAAAAUUCACCCACUAUCGUACACUUUCUGUCAUUUUCUUCCAGGCAGCGAUCUCCACAUGCUUAACUGUUUUUUUUUAAAAAAAACUGUAGAUCUGAAAAACUGUCAGUGAGCAUAUCUCAUUCGUUACCCACUAGUACAAGAUCAUUUAGGGCACCACUACAACAAAAUAAUGCACUCAGGCAGGGUUACAUGUCGAGUCUAUCACCAAUGAUGUGACUCUUGGAGACCUUUUAUAUUUUAUUAUUUUGGGUUUGGACCAAUUAGAUAGAUUUAAAGCUAUAAGAUCUACUAUAUCUUAACCCGUUAUUGACCGAGUUUUAAGAAUUGAAAAUAUCUGUUAUGCUCAAGUUUUGCAAAUCUUUUAAAAAAUAAAAUUUUUGGAAAAUAUAGCAAGAGCAAAAAUUGUUUUUUGCCUUUUUAAGUGUUUUUUCUAUAAAAAACACUUAACACUUAACUGGAACACCCGCAUGAAUGGGUACAGUAAAACCAAAACAAAUUUUAAAUGAAUAAUUUUAAUUAAAUUCAAAAAAACAUGAAACUAAGCAUCAGGAACAUGAUAAGUUUUAAAACAAGCUUCAUGUAAGUUGAUAUCACACUUCUCACACAUUAUAGUUGAGUUUUUAUGGCAAAGGGCGCACGUGGUCUGUUUUUUAGCUGGAAUAAUCCAGUGAUUCAAGCCAGCAUACCUAAUGUGGUUGAAAUUUCUCGAAUCUAAUGGUUUUGAUGUCUUUGGAUGUCCUCCAGCUAAAAUUGGUCGUCCAUAUUUUUUUUUAAAUAGACCUGAACUAUUUCUCGCCGAAAUUGUAAAAAAUCAACUCUUUCGCAAUUUGAUUGGAGUCUACUUUUUAGAACCAAUGCUUAUGCAAUAAUUGUGGAUGUUUUAGUCCAUCCGGUCCACUCCACCCAUAUAUUUAUUAUAUUGGUCUAUUACAAAUGACUGAGGAAUAGGACUUUUUUUCUCAGUGGAAAUCAAGCGACCAACUUGAUAAAUGGGAUUUGCUUGAUCACAACUACUGACAGUUAAAACUGAACGAUUGUCAUUCCAGAGGGUUACCGUUAUUUGGGUAUUUAUAUCUGUGCAAAAAUCAAAGCUACCCCUUUGACAUUGGACGAUUCUCCAACCUGUUUGCGUUAAUUGUUCCUGUAUAUCCUAUUCCCUUAUUUUAUAGAUGAAAAAUAUCUGUCGCCAUAUAUUUUGAAAGGUAGAUUUUUUUGUUGGUUUUUGUAAAAGAGUCGUUACCACAGAUCCUCCUAAUCCUAGUUCCAUGUAUCGCCUGCCGGCUUGUAUCCCUUGAUAUGGAAGAAAUUGAAUUAGGUAUCCAGAUUUUUCACGCAAUGACUAUAUUUUGUAACCAUACCUAAUGGAUUUUUCUUUUAUAUAUUGUUUUGUCCCGUGCCUUCCAAAGUAUGGGACCAUACUUUCAUCGACACACAAUUACCCGU